CCAUGUUGAGUGUCCCGGAGCUGCUCGGCCGCCAUGUUGAGUGUGUCCCGGAGCGGGAGCGGGAGCCGGAGCGGGAGCGGGCGGCGCGGCGACGAUGAGGGCGGCGAGGACGGUGAAUUCUGCGCUCGCAAACCUCACCGCAACGAGGUUUUAUUCACUCAGACUCGCACCCAAGAGUGAGUAUGCAGCGGCCGUAGAGAAACUCCCACCUCAGGAGCCAGAGGUGUCCAAACUGCCGAAUGGAUUGGUGAUUGCCUCCCUGGAGAAUUACUCUCCAAUCUCAAAGAUUGGGGUGUUUAUAAAGGCGGGCAGCAGAUAUGAGAGUGCCAGUAACUUGGGCAUCACUCAUGCCCUUCGGCUGGCAGCAAACCUGACCACAAAGGGAGUUUCAUCGUUCAGAAUAACCCGUGGAAUAGAAACUAUUGGUGGCAGUCUGAGCGUGACGUCGACCAGGGAAAACAUGACCUACACAGUGGAAUGUAUGCGAGACUAUGUUGACACGGUAAUGGAGUACCUGAUUAACGUUACCGCUGCCCAGGAGUUCAGGGCAUGGGAACUAAAGGAACUCCCUUCAAAGCUGGAAGUGGACAAGGCCGUUGCCUCUCAGACCCCACAAAUAGGUGUCCUGGAGAACCUGCAUGCCGCUGCUUAUCGUAACGCCCUGAGCAACCCCCUCUACUGUCCCAGCUUUAUGAUUGGUCAGCACACAGCAGAACAGCUGCACCAAUUUGUACAAAGUAAUUUCACAACGGGAAGAAUGGCUCUUGUAGGGCUGGGGGUGAGCCACACCGUCUUGAAACAGGUGGGCGAGCACUACCUCAACAUAAGGAGCGGUACUGGAGCAGCCGGCACUGCAGCCAAGUUUCGUGGAGGUGAAAUCCGUGCUCAGAACAACGACACUCUGGUUCAUGCAGCUGUGGUAGCUGAGAGCGUAGCUACUGGUUCACCCGAGGCCCUUGCGUUUGGUGUCUUACAGCAGGUUCUUGCUCCUGGUCCUUAUGUUAAAUGGGGCAGUAAUGUUUCCAGCAAGUUAUAUCAGGCGAUCCUAAAGAAAAACACAGGACCAUUUGAUGUUUCAGCGUUCAAUGCAGGCUACUCCGACUCCGGGCUGUUUGGCAUCUACACCAUCUCACAAUCUGCUUCUGCAAGUGAUGUGAUCAGGGCGGCACUGACUGAAGUCAACAACGUUGCUCAAGGCAGUGUCACUGAGGAUGAUGUUGCACAGGCCAAAAGCCAGUUAAGAGCCAAGUACUUGAUGGCCGUUGAGACAUCUGACGGGCUGCUGGAUGAGAUCGGCUCUCAGGCCCUGCUGACCGGUACGUUUGUGCCCACCCCUGAUCUGGUUCAGCGGAUCGACUCUGUGUCCCUCUCAGAUGUGGUGAAGGCUGCAAAAAAGUUUGUUUCUGGUAAGAAGUCGAUGGCAGCCAGUGGCAAUCUGGCCAACACACCGUUUGUUGAUGAAUUGUAAACUUAUUCUGUGACCAAUCCAACCCGGCUGAGUUGUAUUGCCACUAUCACUGCUAAUAAAAUGUAUAUCAUUGUCCCAGUAA